UGAUGAACCACCAGCACCCGAUAGUGCCCAGCACGGCCAUGCCGCAGCAGAGCCACCCUCCGCAGGCCCCACAGCCGGCGCUGCCGAACCUGCAAAAACCCACGCAGCAGCGGCAGCAGCAGAAGCUGCGGCUCCAGAGAAUCCAGAUGGAGAGGGAGCGAAUUCGGAUGCGUCAGGAGGAGCUGCUGCGCCAGGAAGCUGCUCUGUGCAGACAGCUCCCCAUGGACUCGGAAGGCAUGGCCCCGGCUCAGACAGCCGUCAGCGCGCCCGCCCUGACCCAGGACAUGAGGCCCAUUGCGAACAACGGCUCCGAUCCCUUCCUGAACAGUGGGCCAUACCAUUCCAGGGAACAAAGCACAGACAGUGGCUUGGGACUAGGAUGCUACAGUAUACCAACGACACCCGAAGAUUUCCUCGGCAACGUAGAUGAGAUGGAUACAGGAGAAACUAUAGCACAGACAACAAUGAACAUAAAUCCCCAGCAAACACGCUUCCCUGAUUUCCUCGACUGUCUUCCCGGAACAAAUGUUGAUCUUGGGACGCUGGAAUCAGAAGACCUGAUCCCCAUUCUCAAUGAUGUGGAGUCAGUACUCAACAAAAAUGAGCCCUUCCUUACCUGGCUGUAA